UAAUCGCAGGAAGCAACAGAGGCAUCAUCGUCAGCAGAAGCAGCAAGAACAAAAGCUUAAAGAGUCAAAGCCCUCAACGCCCACGAAACCCUUCUUCUCCUUCGCAUCUCUAUCUCUAUCUCUAUCUCUCUUUAGAAUUUCCAUUCCGCUCUCGCCGAAUCCCGAAUCCCUCAAAGUUUGGACCCCUCGAAUCGUUAGUUUUGGUUUUUAUUUGACUUUCCCCUUUCUACGGAGAUUUUUCCAUCAAAACCCUAGCUUGAUUUUCCGCCUGGGAACCCAAUCCCUGGCCCUGGCUUUAGCUCGGGAUUCGUCUUCGAGUAGAGGAAUUGGAAUUCGUUCAAAACCCUAGCUUUGGUUUGUGGUUGAAUCAUGACUUGGUCAUAAAGAUUCAGUGCUUAAUCUGGAUGGAAUUUUGAAAUUUCAACUUACAUUCUGCAGCUUUUUGAUAGGAGCUCAUUAACACAUCGACUGAUGCUAGAGUUUCUAAUAGCGGCUUGAUGCUGGGAGCAGUAUGCCGGUUGUAGUUGGGAGAAAUGCAAAGGUAUCAUCCUGCUGGCUGCACUAGUGCAGUUAAUAACAGUGCAAUAGGUGGGCCAUCAGCUAGGGAUACUGCCCGAGCUGAUUCUUCUUCAUUGUCAGCUAACUAUGGCCUGAACUCUAGGCGACAGUCUCAACUAACUCCAUACAAGUUGAAGUGUGAUAAAGAACAUUUAAAUUCCCGACUUGGGCCACCUGACUUUCACCCCCAAGCUACAAAUUGUCCUGAGGAGACACUUACCAGAGAGUAUGUCCAAAGUGGUUACAGGGAGACUAUUGAAGGAAUUGAGGAAGCUAGAGAGAUUUCAUUGACUCAGGUUCAAGCUUUCACUAAGCCUGUGGUUGUCAAGUGCAAAGAGGCAAUUAGAAAACGUUUCAGGGCCAUCAAUGAAUCUCGUGCUCAAAAGCGAAAGGCUGGUCAGGUUUAUGAUGUGCCACUUUCUGGUUCACAAUUAACUAAACCUGGCAUCUUUCCUGAACAAAGAGCAUGUGGUGAAGACUUCCGGAAGAAAUGGAUUGAGGGUCUAUCACAACCACACAAACGGUUACGUUUUUUGGCUGAUCAUGUUCCUCAUGGAUUUAGGAAGAAAUCUCUCUUUGAGAUUCUAAUUAGGAAUAAUGUUCCAUUAUUGAGAGCAACUUGGUUUAUCAAAGUAACUUAUCUUAAUCAGGUUCGACCUAGUUCUGCAAGUAUCUCUUCAGGGGCUCCUGAAAAAACUCAGUUGUCUCGCACCGAACUCUGGACAAAAGAUGUCAUUGAUUAUAUGCAAUAUCUCUUGGAUGAGUUUUUCUCAAGAAACAAUUUUCAUUCUAUUCCACAUGGCAGAGAUCGGUCAACACAAGUGCCUUAUGCUGGGUCAUUACAGCAUAGGAAUGAUCCAUCAUCAACAGUCCUUGAUGGUGAGGAGCCUUCCCUGCAUUUCAAAUGGUGGUACAUGGCACGUCUCUUGCAAUGGCACCAUGCGGAAGGGCUACUUCUUCCUUCUCUUAUCAUUGAUUGGGUUCUGAAUCAACUACAGGAAAAGGAUUUUCUCGAGAUUUUGCAGUUUCUGUUGCCUAUUAUAUAUGGUGUUUUAGAAACUGUUGUUCUAUCUCAAACAUAUGUACGGAGUCUCGCUGGGGUAGCUAUUCGUUUCAUUCGUGAACCUUCUCCUGGUGGAUCAGAUCUAGUAGAUAAUUCGCGGAAGGCAUAUACAACUUCUGCACUGGUUGAGAUGCUUCGGUAUUUAAUACUGGCUGUACCUGAUACAUUUGUUGCAUUGGACUGCUUUCCCUUACCACCCUAUGUAGUAUCCCAUGCAGUAAAUGAUGGGAAUUUCAUAUCGAAGGUUUCUGGGGAUGCAGAAAAGAAAAAAAAUGGUUCUGCAGAAGUUGCUUCAUUGUUCAAAAGUAAAGCUAUAGAUGCUCAAUAUCAAUCCUUGGCCUUUGAUCAUGUUGUUUCCUCUAUUCGGAAACGUGCCAAUAAUCUUGCAACAGCUGCAAGGCCUGGCUAUCCAGGGCAUAGUCUGGCUAAAGCUGUACAGUCCUUGGAUAAAUCUCUUGUGCAUGGAGAUGUCAGAGGAGCUUGUAAAUUUCUCUUUGAAGAUCAUUGUGAUGGUGCCAUUGCUGAAGGUUGGAUUGCAGAAGUAAGCCAAUGCCUAAGGUCAUCAUUGAAGUGGAUUGGGACUGUGAAUUUAUCAUUUGUUUGUUCUGUGUUUUUCCUUUGUGAGUGGGCAACAUGUGAUUACAGGGAUUUUCGGACUGUCCCACCUGAUAACCUUAAGUUUUCAGGCAGAAAAGAUUUUUGUGAAGUAUAUAUUGCUAUUCGAAUUUUAAAGCUGAAGGUAAAAGAUUUGCAAAGUUCAUCUCGAGGCAAGAGUGGGAACGCCCUUGGAAUUAGUGGCAUUGGAAAAGGUUCCUCUCAGCAAAACUCUGGCUGGACACCUGUGGGAAAUGUAUUCGAAAUUAAUGACAAUUUGAGGAGGGUGGAUCGAAGUUUUGUAAAGUCAGAUAUAUUUGAGAGCCCUGGUCCCUUACAUGAUAUCAUAGUCUGCUGGAUUGAUCAGCAUGAAGUAAGCAAUGGAGAAGGUUGCAAACGCCUUCAUCUACUUUUUGUGGAACUCGUCCGUGCUGGCAUAUUUUACCCCCAGGCAUAUGUGAGACAGCUGAUAGUAAGUGGAAUAUUGGAAACGAAUGGACCUGUGGUUGACCUCGACAGAAGGAAGAGACAUUAUCGAAUAUUGAAGCAGUUGCCUGGGCUCUUUAUGUGUGAUGCUUUGGAGGAAGCAAGGAUUGCUGAAAGACCAAAACUUUUGGAGGCCAUGCAUAUUUACUCAAAUGAGCGCCGCCUUGUACUUCGUGGAUUGUUUUGCGAGCAAUGGAAAAACUCAAAACCAGCAAAUAUAUCAGCUCAGAAGCCCAUCCAUGGGAAGGAUGGUGCUUCCUUAGCUCCCGUUGAACACUGGAAAGCUUCUCAAUCAUCAUCUAAUGUACUAGCUGCUAAAAAUUCUAAAAAUGAUUUUGAUGUUGAGGAGCUGAAGAUGGCCAUCUCAGUACUGCUCCAUUUUCCAAACAAUUCAUCUUUAUCCAUGGAUAUAGGACUUGAUGAAUCUCAAGGGAGUGUCAAGAGGGAUUUUGGGUCAAUCAUCAACAAGAUGGAUCUGUUGGAAGGUACACCUGGGUGUGAAGAAUGUAGAAGGGCAAAGAGACAAAAAUUAAAUGAGGAAAGGAGCCCAUACCUUCAAGUACAUUCACCUAUUCCAUCAGACGAUGAAGAUACAUGGUGGGUGAGGAAGGGGCCUAAAUCUUUGGAGUCCUUCAAAGUUGAAGCUCCACUUAAGUCAACCAAGCAAGUCCCCAGGAGUCGGCAGAAGACUGUGCGUAAAACUCAAAGUCUUGCUCAGUUAGCAUAUUCUAGAAUUGAGGGUAGUCAGGGAGCAUCUACAAGUCACGUAUGUGAUGGUAGGAUAAGCUGUCCUCACCAUAAAUCUGGAAUGGAAGGAGAGACUCCUAAGUCAGCUGAUGGGAUCAAAACAAACCAUUGCGGAGACAUUGUUACCAUUGGAAAGGCUUUAAAGAAGCUGCAUUUUGGAGAAAAGAGGACAAUUACAGUUUGGUUGAUGACUGUUGUUAGGCAGCUUAUUGAAGAGACAGAAAAGACUGUGGUCAAGGUUGGCCAGUUUGGUAGGCCUUUCACUCCUGUUGAUGAUAGGAGCUCUAUACAGUGGAAGUUUGGAGAGGAUGAACUGUCUGCUAUACUGUAUUUGAUGGAUCUAACAAAUGAUUUAGUUCCAGCGGUCAAAUUUCUGCUUUGGUUGUAUCCAAAGGUUCUCAGUAGCUCAAAUUUUACAAUCCAUGCUGGGAGAAAUGUUUUGAUGCUGCCAAGGAAUGCGGACAACCAAGUUUGUGAAGUAGGGGAGGCAUUUCUUUUGUCAUCCCUUCGAAGGUAUGAGAACAUACUUGUUGCGAUAGAUCUUAUUCCUCAAGCUUUGUCGGCCACAAUGCAUCGUGCUGCAGCUGUUAUGGCCUCAAUUGGAAGAGUUUCUGGUUCAACAGCCCUAGUUUAUGCUCGAUACCUUUUGAAGAAAUAUGGCAAUGUGGGUAGUGUCAUUGAAUGGGAGAAGAGUUUCAAGGCUACAUGUGAUAAGAGACUUCUUUCUGAACUGGAAUCUGGACGCUCAGUAGAUGGAGAGUCGGGGUUUCCACUUGGAGUUCCUGCAGGAGUUGAGGAUCUUGAUGAAUAUUUCCGUCAAAAGAUAGGUGGUGGUCGGUCAUCAAGAGUGGGUAUGAACAUGAGAGAUAUAGUGCAACGACAUAUUGAUGACACUUGUAACUAUUUCCUUGGUAAAGAGAGAAAGCCUUUUGCUGCUGGUCCACCAAAAGGUCCUGUUUUUGACAAAUGGGAUGAUGGAUAUCAGGUCGCUCAGCUAAUAAUUACAGGAAUAAUGGACUGCUUUAGGCAGACUGGUGGUGCCGCUCAAGAAGGGGACCCCUCAUUAGUGUCUUCUGCUGUUUCUGCCAUCGUUAGUAAUAUUGGACCAACUAUAGUGAAAAUGCCUGAUUUUUCAGGAAGUAAUAAUACAAACAUUUCAUCUGCUGCAGGUUCAUUGAAUUUUUCUAGACACAUUUUGCGUAUCCAUAUAACUUGCCUAUGCCUGCUAAAGGAAGCUCUUGGAGAGCGCCAAAGCCGUGUAUUUGAGAUAGCUCUUGCAACAGAAGCUUCUUCUGCCCUGGCUGGAGUUUUUUCUCCUGUAAAGGCAUCUCGCAAUCAGUUUCAGUUGUCUCCUGAAGCUCAUGAAUCUAAUGCAAACAUGUCAAAUGAAAGUUUGAGCAGUUCUACAAAACUAGUGCUCAGCAGAUCAACAAAAAUUGCAACUGCUGUGUCUGCCCUUGUGAUUGGGGCGGUUAUUCAUGGGGCUACUAGCCUGGAGAGAAUUGUAACUGUCUUCCGCUUGAAGGAAGGAUUGGAUGUAAUUCAAUUUGUGGGGAAGACAAGAUCCAAUUCAAAUGGUAAUGCCCGUUCAAUUGGGGUUCCGAGGGCGGAUAACCCUGUUGAAGUUUAUGUGCAUUGGUUUAGAUUGCUUGUGGGGAAUUGCAGAACUGUCUGUGAUGGACUGAUUGUAGAACUCUUGGGUAAACCAUACAUAGUGGCACUUUCAAGGAUGCAGCGCAUGCUGCCUCUUAGCUUAGUCUUUCCACCCGCCUAUUCAAUAUUUGCCUACCUUAUGUGGCGGCCAUUCAUUGUGAACUCAAAUCUGGCAACUCGCGAAGACAUCAACCAAUUAUAUCAAUCUUUAACAAUGGCAAUGGUUGAUGCUAUAAAACACUUGCCUUUUCGAGAUGUAUGCUUGAGAGACAGUCGGGGUUUCUAUGAUCUUGUAGCUGCAGAUGGUAGUGAUGCUGAAUUUGCUACCAUGCUAGAGUUGACUGUUUCAGAUAACCAUUUAAAAUCCACGGCCUUUGUUCCUCUCCGAGCCAGGAUUUUUCUAAAUGCCAUCAUUGACUGUAAAAUGCCUCAAUCACUAUCUGCACUAGAAGAUGGGAAUCGGAUUUCCGGACAUGGUGAAUCUAGAGUUCAAUAUUUGGAGAGUGAAACAAAACUUCUAGAUAAGCUUGUACAUGUCUUGGAUACCCUGCAACCUGCAAAAUUUCAUUGGCAAUGGGUGGAGCUCAGGCUUCUUUUGAAUGAACAAUCCCUCAUUGAAAAAAUUGAAAACCAUGAUAUGUCCUUUGUGGAUGCUUUACGGUCCUCAUCUCCUACUCCUGAAAAAGCUGCUGCUUCUGAGAAUGAGAACAACUUUAUUGUCAUCAUCCUCACAAGGUUACUGGUCAGACCUGAUGCAGCACCCCUUUUCUCAGAGGUGGUUCAUCUUUUUGGACAGUCCCUGGAAGACUCAAUGCUGCUACAGGCUAAAUGGUUCCUUGGAGGCCAGGAUGUUCUUUUUGGUCGGAAGACGAUCAGACAGAGGCUUAUUAGUAUUGCUGAGAGUAAAGGUCUAUCAACAAAGCCCCAGUUUUGGAAGCCUUGGGGCUGGUGUAAUUCUGGAUCUCAUCCAUCACCAAAGAGGGGAGACAAGAAGUUCGAAGUCUCCUCUCUUGAGGAAGGAGAGGUUGUUGAAGAGGGAAUAGACUUGAAAAGGUAUGGAAAAGGGUCUACUCAAACAUUGGACACUGAAGGUUCCAAUGUCAACCUGCAGCAUGUUACGGAGCAGGCUCUCAUUGAAUUACUUCUUCCUUGCAUAGAUCAAAGCUCUGAUGAGUCGCGAAAUACCUUUGCAAGUGAUCUGAUCAAGCAGUUUAAUGGUAUUGAGCAACAAAUAAAUGCAGUAACUCGUGGGGCCAGCAAGCAGGCAGGAGCAAUACCUUCUGGAAUUGAAGGACCAGCAAACAAAGGAAAUAGUCGCAAGGUUAUGAGAGGUGGUAGUCCUGGAUUAGCUAGACGUCCUGCAGGCACAAUGGAUUCUGCUCCACCCUCCCCUGCAGCUUUGCGAGCUUCUAUGUCAUUGCGCUUGCAGUUACUCCUUAGAUUUCUUCCCAUCAUUUGUGGAGAUGGGGAACCAUCGGGCCGGAGUAUGAGGCACACACUCGCCUCAAUAAUACUUCGCCUCCUUGGAAAUCGAGUUGUGUAUGAAGAUGCAGACCUUUUAUUUUAUCCCAUGCAUAUUUAUUUUUCCAAGAGAGAGUUGGAGUCUCCUGUAGAAGCUUCUUUGGCGGCCUCUGUAGAUUUUUCUGGUGAAAGUCUCUUUGAUCGGUUAUUGUUGGUUUUGCAUGGGUUGUUGAGUAGUUGUCAGCCGAGUUGGCUGAGGUCAAAGCCUACCUCCAAGUCAAGCAGUGAAAUUACAAAGGAAUCUUCUGGACUUGAUCGUGAGGUAGCAGAGACUCUGCAGAAUGACUUAAAUCGGAUGCCACUGCCCGAAACAAUUCGGUUGCGAAUUCAAACUGCAAUGCCAAUUCUUCUUCCGUCUGUCCAUUGGUCCGUCUCUUGCCAGCCACCAUCUGUUCCAGGUGCUGCCCUUGCUUUGCUUCAGCCCAGCAUCUCCAUUACUGGGGUUCAUUCUUGCCCACCUCAAAGGAUUCCAGCUCCUUUGGCACGAACUGCAGCUAAUACGUCAGGGAAGUUCAAGCCAAUGCCCUUGCAGCUGGAUCACGAUAUGGAAAUUGAUCCAUGGACUCUCUUGGAAGAUGGUGCAGGAUCUGGGCCAUCUUCAAGCAACACGGCUGUGAUAGGCAGCGGUGACCAGGCUAAUCUUCGAGCAUCCAGCUGGCUUAAGGGGGCUGUAAGGGUGAGGCGGACAGACCUCACCUAUACUGGUGCCAUGGAUGAGGAUAGCUGAUAUUAGUUUACUUCAUUCUUGAUUUGAUCUGGAGUAAAUCGAUCCCUCAGCAGGUAAUUUAAGGUUCUAAAUAGGCAUAAUAGGCAGCGAGUUUACUGUUGCCUUUCUUGCUUUGAUGAUGAAGGAAACUGGUGAGGGGGAUAUUUUUUUGGGGUUUUGGGGUCCUUGUGACAGAAGUUUGAAGAAUGUUCUCAGGUAGCCCUAGUCUUGGGCGUGCCUGACUACUAACCCUUUAAUCACCCCCAUCCAGACUGCACCUCAGGUGCAGUUUGGGUGCUUCUUGUAUAUAUAGAGAUAUUGUUUCACUUUACCAAUUGAUCCGAGUAAAAUAUCUCAAGAAUGAUCCGAAGCUGUUCCACGCUCAUCAA